AGAGAGCGACGGAUGGAGAGAGCGAGAAAAAAGAGAGCGAGUGAGAAAGAGAGAGAGCGAGAGAGAAUAAGGAACUUUGUUACCAGGCGCAGCAGCAUCUCCGUCUAAACUGUCAGAAGAGAAGCAUUUACAGUCGAUCGGCACGUUUUCUUUUUUUUUUUUUUUCCCCCCCAUUCUCUUCAGGACCUCAGGGGGGGAGCGUGCUGAAGGGAUCCGUUUUUUUUGUUGUUGUUUUGACAGAUGAGACAUAAAAGACGUGCCGACUGCAACCCUGCGUUCCAACCCACGGGUGUGAGAUGACACCGAGGAUACUUUAGCGGGACUCUGAUGAGCUCGGACGCCGGGAAAAUGCAUCUCUGGAUCUGGUGUGUGUUGCUGGGCGCAGCCUCCGUGUGCACAGUCGGGAUGUCUUACGGAGGAGGACUCUGUGAAAGGCUGUGUGCAUGUGAGGAGAGAGAGGGGGUACUCACAGUGAGCUGUGAAAACAAGGGAAUUGGGAGUAUCUCUGAAAUAACGCCGCCAAACUUCCCACAGUAUCAUCUGCUGCUCACUGGGAACGUUUUAAAGAGGCUUGCUGCUAAUGACUUUGUCGACUAUCGAGGACUCACCAUAUUACAUCUGGGGAAUAAUGAGAUAUCGCUGAUUGAAGCGGGAGCUUUUACGGGACUUCAGGGAUUAAAGCGAUUACAUCUCAACAAUAACAAAAUUGAUGCCUUGAAGGAGGAGCUUUUCUGGGGCCUUGAAAGUCUGGAGUAUCUGCAACUUGAUUAUAAUUACGUCACCCAAGUGGCGCCCAAUGCCCUCGGCAGGCUUCGGCACCUGGAGGUGUUGAUUCUCAACGACAACUUGAUAUCUGCGCUGCCUACGAACAUCUUCCAGCAUGUGCCGCUGACUCAUCUGGACUUGAGGGGGAACCAGCUGAAAGUGCUGCCUUACUCGGGUCUGCUGGAGCACAUGAACGGCGUGGUGGAGCUGCAGCUGGAGGAGAAUCCGUGGAACUGCUCCUGUGACCUGAUCGCCCUCAAGACAUGGCUAGAGAGCAUAUCGUACACGGCGUUGGUCGGAGACGUGGUUUGCGAGUUCCCCUUCCGCCUCCACGGGAGGGAUCUUGACGAGGUCUCAAAACAGGAGCUGUGCCCGAGGAGAGCCAUCGCCGAGUACGAGAUGCCGCCGCUGCCGCAUUUGAACACAGAAGCCUACUACAGGAGCACGCCGGCCAUUUCCACGGCCUCCUUAACUUCAUCUGGUAUUGCAAGGUCAUCGUCCAGACCAACCAAGGGACCUCGGCAGUCAGGUAAAUUAAAAUCAAGACCCACAGCUCGCCUGGCUGCAAAAAAACCUCAGAAUUACGGCCAAAUUAUUUCAUAUCAAACCAAAUCCCCCGUGCCUUUGGACUGCCCGUCUGCCUGCACCUGCAACCUGCAGAUUUCAGACCUCGGCCUGAACGUGAACUGCCAGGAACGAAAGAUUGAGCACAUUUCCGAUUUAGACCCCAAACCUUACAAUCCUAAAAAGAUGUAUCUCACAGGGAAUUAUAUCCCUGUGGUGCGGAGAACGGAUUUCAUUGAGGCAACCGGAUUAGAUUUGCUUCAUCUAGGGAACAAUCGAAUAGCUCAAAUCCACGACAAAGCUUUUGCUGAUUUGACUCAUCUCAGGAGACUCUACCUUAAUGGGAAUUUGAUAGACCAUCUUACAGAGGAUAUGUUCUAUGGACUAGAGAGCCUACAGUUCUUGUAUUUAGAAUACAACGUCCUUAAAGGGGUCGCGGCGGACACAUUCCAAUACGUCCCCAAACUGCAGCUUUUGUUUUUGAACAACAACCUCUUGAAAACUUUACCCGUGGGAACAUUUAGCGGCCUCACGUUGGCAAGGCUCAAUCUUCGCAGCAACCAUCUGCGUUACCUGCCCGUCAGCGGUGUGAUCGAUCAGCUGACGGCAUUGGUGCAGGUGGAUUUGUAUGAGAACCCCUGGGAUUGCUCGUGUAGGAUUCUAGACUUGAAGAUGUGGCUGGAGCAGCUAAGCACGGGCACUGUUGUAAACAACGUCAUCUGCGGCUCACCGAAAAAGCUCGCCGGGGAAGAUAUGCGCUACAUAAAGACAACUAAUUUCUGCCCUAAUAACUCGGCUCCACUGGUGUCCGUAAUCCCACCCUCAGAAGAAUCGUUUCCUGGCAGCACAAUUACAAUUGAAACUCCAUUGGACUCUGACACUCAAUACGGAGCAAUCCCUUUAUCGGUGAUGAUCCUUGCCCUCGUGCUCAUGUUCAUUGUAUCUGUCUUCGUGGCAGCAGGAUUGUUUGUAACAAUGAGGAAGAAACACCAAAAGAGUCAAAAUGAGCACAACAAUUCCAUGAAUACAUGCAUCAGCUCUCUCAACAUGGAGUACGGUUUGUACAAAAAAGGAACAAUCCCAAAGGUCAGGACAUCAGCUGGACAUGUGUAUGAGUAUAUUCCGCCACCCUUGGAGCAAACUUGCAGAACCACAGGCCAAGCAUCCGCAGAUAGCAAAUCAGUGGAGGGAUUUCGGGAUUCCGAUGAGCUGAGCGGCCCCUUUCUGGGCAACUCUGACGAAGAAGCAGCCAGUAACGCAAUAGGCUCAGAAUACAGCACCACCACUCCCGAGCCUCUCAAUAAGCCCUCCACGCCACACCGAGAUGAUCCGUCUUACUACAGAGAAGUACUCAAUCAGGACCAGAACCCACGCUACAGCAAUACGCUACCAUGCAGGCACACGACGCGUCCGUCCAGCCAGUACACAUCAGACUUUAACGCAAGGCAUCAGUACGUGCCUCCCGACAGAGUACAACAGACAAUACUCUACUGUACAGCACCAAGUACUGUUUAUGUGGAGCCUAAUAGGAGUGAGUAUUGGGAACUGAAGGCUAAGCUUCACAUUGAUCCGGAUUACCUUGAGGUGCUGGAGAAAAGAACAACAUUCACACAGUUUUAAGUAAGUGACUUCAGUGACAAACACACUUACGUGAAGGACCAAUCAGGAAUUUGAUCAUUCCGUUAAAACUGGUACAACUUCACAGUAUAAACUCUGGUACAACAAAUUGAGAGAUGCAGCAUGAUGUUUACUGCUGCAUGCCAGGCCAUCUAAUCCCAAAUGGGUUCACUUAAACGCUGAGAUUGAUUGUAAUCUGAGUACAUUUGGAAAUAUUUUUCCGGGUGACACAACUUUAAGUUGUGUUCUUUUUGAAACUGCACAGCAGCCUCUUAUAACAGGACUUCAGUCUGAUUUUAAACUAUGGGUCCGUUUACCCAAGACCAUUUUGACAGAACAUGUAUUUGACAAAAUGCAUUUUGGAGCUGCUGAAAAAUGCAUAUAUCCAAAAAUAGGAAAUAUGUUUAAGAGGCCAAUGUGGGCAUGAUGUCACUAUAAUACCAAUAAUGGCGGU